UACACGGCCAUGAUCGAAAGCUUCCAGCGGGUUCGCAGUAAUCAGCUGCUGCCGUGCCCACAGAAAACAAUCUUGAGCUCAUCUGCCACCGCUGCUGCCUGCUGCUGCUGCUGCUCUGCACUUCCCCCUUGUUCCUGUUAAGCAUCAAAAACUAAUCAAUGAGCAAAAGAUCAGAGCCCAUCUGAUGAUGACGAUGCAAUUCUCGCAUUUCCCAGCUCACUGUCCUGGAAGUUCACUCGGCCGGUCCUCUGACUCUCCCUGCCCGGGAGCUCCGGUGAUCUCCAUCCGCAGAUCAACGUCUGUUCAGGUCCCAAACAAUUGUAGCUCUGCGGCUAAUGGUCAGGGUGCCCUUUAUUUCGGUGCCGGCAACAUAUGCAGAAGGUUCUGUGGCCUGAAAUUGAGGAUACUUGAGAGCUUGAAGAUCAAGCAUCCUAGGAGAAAACACCGACCGGUUGAUGAGUUUAAGAGUAUAAAGACUCAAGAGAAAGAUGAACUAGCAGGGCAUGUCGAAGCAGCUCAAUCGGCAGAGAGAGCAUCGACAGUAAACUUCACCAAAGAUUCCAUCGAAGAAGGGGCAGGAACCACGUCACGAGCUGGGGAGAGCUCUUCAGAGCAGCCGCAGAGCGGUAUUUCUGAAGAAGUAGUGGCAUCUAUAGACUCUUCUCAUCUGCCACAAAUGGCUUCCUCCAGAUAUCCGGUAAAUCAUAUUGGAGAAUCGUCUCUCAGCAUUGCAGUCAUUGGAGCUACUGGGGAGCUUGCGAAGGGGAAGAUUUUCCCUGCACUAUUUGCGCUAUACUACAGUGGAUUUCUUCCUGAUAAUGUCUGCAUUUUCGGUUACUCGAGAAAGAAUUUGACGGAUGAAGACCUGAGAUCAAUAAUAUCUUCAACUUUAACUUGUCGCAUUGAUCAUCAGGAAAACUGUGCGGAGAAGAUGGAUUCUUUUCUCAGCAGAACAUAUUAUCUCAAUGGAGGAUAUGACAACAAAGAAGGGAUGUCAAAGCUUAAUGCCAAAAUGAAGCUUUUUGAGGGAAAAGCGGAGGCUAAGAGGAUAUUUUACCUUUCUGUGCCUCAAGAAGCACUACUAGAUGUUGCAUCAUCAGUUGCUAAUUAUGCUCAAACUCAAAAGGGAUGGAACCGCAUAAUAAUUGAGAAACCUUUUGGGUUUGAUGCAGCAUCUUCUCAAAAGCUGACACAGUAUCUUCUUUCGAAGUUUGAGGAGAACCAGAUAUACAGGAUAGAUCAUCUUCUGGGAAAAAAUCUGAUUGAGAACCUAACGGUUCUAAGAUUUUCCAAUUUGGUCUUUGAGCCGUUAUGGAGUCGGAAAUAUAUACGCAACAUUCAGGUUAUUUUAUCUGAAGAUUUAAAUAUGCGAACAGGAAAGUACUUUGAGGGCUAUGGAAUCAUUCGUGAUGUUGUGCAUAGCCACGUCCUUCAAACAAUAGCAUUGCUUGCAAUGGAACCACCGAUAAGCCUUCAAGGAGAAGAUAUUCGGAAUGAAAAGGUGAAGGUCCUGAGAUCCAUACGAAAAUUAGAACCUAGCGAUGUGAUUCUCGGCCAAUAUAAAGCCACCCAUGGUGAUGAAGUUGAUGUUAAAACGAAAAAUCGGACCCCCACAUAUUUCGCUGCUGCAUUAUUUGUGGACAAUGCUCGGUGGGAUGGUGUCCCUUUUAUGAUCAGGACAGGGAUGGGUCUAAUCAAGCACAGAAUGGAGAUACGAAUACAGUUUCAUCACGUUCCUGGGAACAUCUACAGAGAGCGUAUCGGGCACAAUAUUGACCUUGCGACUAAUGAACUUAUCCUGCGAGAUGUCCCGGAUGAAGCCAUCCUAAUCAGAGUGAACAAUAAGGUCCCAGGACUGGGACUGCAGUUAGAUGCAUCGGAGCUGAACUUGUUAUACAAAGACCGGUAUAAUGUUGAGGUGCCCGAUUCAUAUGAGCACCUUCUUCUGGACGUAAUUGAUGGGGACAGCCAUCUAUUUAUGAGAAGCGAUGAGCUCGCAGCUGCCUGGAACAUAUUGACCCCGAUUCUCAACGAGAUUGACCGGAGAAAUAUCUCGCCGGAGCUGUAUGAGUUGGGGGGUCGAGGCCCAGUCGGAGCCUACUACCUUUGGGCCAAACAUAGGGUCCAGUGGGCGGAAGAUUAGCCUGCCUCGGGUUCUCUCGGAAGAGCGAAAAGAAAAAUACUCCGACCAAUUCGGUGUGAGACCUAUCGUGGGAAAGUCUGAUGAUGCAUGAGAUUGAAAUAUAAUCAGUGUCCUCGGUUCCACGAAUGUGUUCAUAAGCACUUGCUGGUUGAUUCAUAGUGUCAGUUGCAGUCGAGAGCGCCCUUACAUUCUAAUUAAUCUCUCUAAUAAAUUGGAACAUUUUUAUUUGUACAGAUCGAGUCAUAGCCACCGGAUCGUGAUUCGCGUGUCACGAAGGCCGAAUAAAGUAUCGAUAUGUCAACACGAAUUGAACUGGACCACCGUCGCCCUUUGCACUUGUCGUCGAGGCUGCGUCUCUUCUCUGAUGCAGAGAAGCUUACGCCAUAGACAGUGACGAAAUCAUUGUUAUCCUUUUCCAGAAUUGCCCCUGCUUAACUUUAACACUAGACGCUUGAUCUUAUUAAAUUGUAGGGGUAUUAAUGUCCAUUCACGGGUGGGAGGUCCUAAGAAGUAUGAAAUGGUGCGACUGCUGAUCGCUACUUCUGCUAUAAAAGCUAAGCGAUGGCCAACACGGUUUUUAUCAUCAAGAGAUCAUUCGCCAUUCCUCCUCCUCCUUCCUCUCUUUCUUCGAGCUCGUUCCAAUCACGAGCCGGAGUAUGGAGGGGGACAAGAAGAAGAGGAAGGCCAUGGAGUAUGAUCAGCAGGAGGCGGACGAGGAUGGGAAGAUGGAGGAGUUCUUCGCGCUGAUCCGAAGCACCCGGGAUAUCCGGGAUCACCUCAUUAGAAGCGAAGCCGCUCCGCAAGAAGCCUCCAAGAUGAACAAGAGGGAACCGAAUGUUUGGACCCCAAAGUUCGAACCCAAAGACUUCGCUGAGGGCAGCAGAAGCUGCCCGGCUCCGCCAUCGGAGACCGAAGAAGCCGGUCCUUCUAAAGAAGACGAUAGAGAAGACAAAGAACAAGGGAUGCGAAAGGAUAGCAGUGGGCUGGACUUGAAGCUGUCGCUUUGAUCUUCUUGUGUUCCUCUCUCGCUUUCCAUUUUUGGACCAACGAAGAAACAUUAAUUUUUUUCUUGUUUUAUAAGAAAAAAAUUCGCCUAUCGAUUAAAAUUA